GGCCGGCGACCCGCCGCCCACCGUCAGCUGGCUCAAGAACCGCGUGCCCGUCGACCCCAAGCUGGACCCCAACUACAUCAUCUCGAACGAGGGCAACCUGCUGAUCGCGGCCGCUAAGCUGUCCGACAUGGCCAACUACUCGUGCGUGGCCGAGAACGUGGCCAACCGCCGGGUCAGCCCUCCGGCGCGGGUCACCGUCUACGUGAACGGCGGCUGGUCGGGGUGGGGCGCCUGGUCCGGCUGCCAGCCGCCGUGCGGCGCCGGCCGCCGCCAGCGGCACAGGAGCUGCGACAGCCCCCGGCCGAUGAACGGGGGCCGCCAGUGUCGCGGACCGGCGCAGCAGGCGGCCGACUGCAGCUCCCUCUGUCCGCCCGUGGACGGCGGGUGGUCGGCGUUCGGCGAUUGGUCGGCAUGUGACGUCACGUGUCGUCAGAGCCGGCAGCGGGCGUGCUCGGCCCCAGUGCCGGCCCAUGGGGGUGUACCCUGCUCGGGCGCCGACCGGCAGCACCGCAACUGCUCCAGGGCCGACUGCGAAGAGGUGCGAGCCGCGCUGCUGGACCGCUCGUCCACUGAUCAGGCGGCUCGAGCGGUGGCCGGCAGGUCGGACGUGGCGCUGUAUGUCGGUCUGGCGGUGGCCCUGCUCGUCUUCCCGAUGAUCGCGCUGAUCGCCCUGAAGCUGUACCGACGCAAGGGCCGCGGCCAGAGCAUGUACGGACUCACCGAGAGAGACUACGAGGCUAAGUACUACGACAACAACAAGAAGCAGCUCAGCUACACGCCCGACCUGACGUCAAACGUCACGGGCGCCACCAGCAGCUCGCGCGACAACCCGCACCACAGUGGCUCCUCCUACUGCAGCUCCCCCACCUCUCGUCCGACAUCUCUGUACGACGCGGAGGCCGCGUCCUGCCGCCAAUCGCUGCUCUCCACACCACUGCCAUCUAGUGUCAACCCGGACAACCUCGAUUUCGGCACGGGUCAGCUAUUGCCAUCUGUUAGAGACACCAAUUAG